AUGGCUGAGGCGGUUCCUGAUCUCACAGAUGAUCAGAUUGAGCAGCUCUUAAGCGCUGCUGAACGCUCGCUUGCUGAACGGGUCCCCGAGACGACCGCCGUCGCGGUCAAGAGCAAGCAGCAGAGCCUCGCAGCGAACGCAACAAAAGCUUCUGCUGCCCAGGCUGGAGACGGAAGUGCUGGUAAAGAUGUUGUGAAGCCGUCUGAGGAGCUUGCACUCCGUGUACCGCAUCUCAAGUCCAAAGAGAAGAAGGCUCUUCCAGACAACGCUGGCGCCAAAUGGAAUUACAUGCCGCGCACAAAGAUCGAGGACCCCAAAGUGAAGCGAGAGUUUCAGCUUCUGCGGCUGAGAGGUGUCCUGGACCCAAAAAAACAUUUCAAGAAAGACAACCGCAAGGCUCCCUUUCCUCAAUACUCCCAGAUGGGUACUAUCAUCGAAGGCCCCACUGAGUACUACAGCGCCCGCGUCAACCGCAAGGAUAGGAAACAGACCCUGGUGGAGGAGGUCUUGGCUUCCGGCGAAGCAAACAGCAAGUUCAAGACGAGAUACGCAAAAAUUCAGGAGAAGAAGACGAGUGGCAAGAAGGGGCACUACAAGAAGCUUAUGGCGCGGCGGAAACGUGGUUGA